AAAAUUGGGGGGAGAGGGAAAAACGGGGGGAAAGGGGGUCUGUCUUUCCUGGGAUUCCUAGCCGAGGCCAGCCUGCUGCUGUGUGCUUGUGCACCAGGGCUCUCCGGGCGGCAGCGGGGGCAUAAGAGCCGGGUCCCCGCGCGGAGAAUCAAGCGUGGUAGCUGUGAUCGCCACCGCCCCGGAGUCCGGGCGCCGAAGCUGCUGGCCGGCACGAGCGCGGGUCAGGGCUGCUUGGCGCUGCCCGGAGCGGUGCGGCGGCGCGCCGCGGCGCGGCGGUGCAGGCUUUUCCCAGGCGCCCUGGGGUCGGGUGGCCGCCCGUGCGGCUGGGGGCUCUGUAGCGAGAAGCGAGCGGCGAGCGGCAGCGGCGGCGGCAGCAGCGGCGUGCGUGCCAAGGGGCUCGGGGCUAGGUCGCUUCGUCCGCACCUCAGCCCCUGGGAGCUUUCCUCUCCCCGGCAGGCGGCUUCGCGGAGACCAACAGCCCCAGCUGGUGGCAUCAACUGCCACCGAUUUGUCGGACUUCUGCCCAGGCUCUGAAAUGCCAACUAUGUCGAGGCCUGCACUUGAUGUCAAGGGUGGUACCACCUCUGGGAAGGAGGAUGCCAACCAGGAGAUGAACUCUCUGGCAUACUCUAACCUUGGAGCGAAAGAUCACAUGGCAGUGACCGUCCUGCACUACCCCGGGGUCACCGCAAAUGGAGCCAAAGUCAAUGGAAUUGCCACUAGCUCCUCUGGAUCUGGAUCAUCUUCUCCAGUAGGCUCUCCUGCUGCCACCUCUUCUACCAAACCCCCAUCCUUCAACGGGCACCCUACCCCUCAUCUGCUGGCCAGUAUGCAGCUUCAGAAGCUUAAUAGCCAGUAUCAAGGGGCUGCGGCUACUGCUGCUGCUGCCCUUACCGGUCCAGGCCUACCAGGGGAGGAAGAGCCCAUGCAAAGCUGGGUCACUGGCCCGCUGGUAGUGGGAGGAUCACCAGGAUCAGUUUCUCCUCCUGCUGGUGCCCAGAGCCCUGCUAUCAUUGAUUCUGAUCCAGUGGAUGAGGAAGUGCUGAUGUCUCUGGUGGUAGAAUUGGGGCUAGACCGAGCCAAUGAGCUUCCCGAGCUGUGGCUGGGGCAGAAUGAGUUUGAUUUCACUGCAGAUUUUCCCUCUGGCUGCUGAUGCCAAGGGCCCCUAAAAAAAAUAUGAGGAAAAAAAAGCCACCAAUUCUGUUGUAAAUAAAAGUUACUUGCAAAGAGA